AUGGCAGGCAAGGCAGCAAUGCUGGAUGCAACGAGCACCCUGGUGACUGGAUCCAACCGGGGAAUCGGCUUGGAACUUAUCAGACAGCUGUCGGAGAAAAGCAACGGGCCAAAGUGGAUUUUUGCAACCUGUCGGGACCCAGAGGGAGACAGUGCUCAGGAGUUGAGGAACUUGGCUGCCAAGCACCCGGAGAUUGAGAUCAUUCAACUGGAAAUUACCAAUCCAUCCAGCAUCCAGACCGCUGCUGCCAAAGUAACUGAAAAGCUGCAAGGAGCUGGGCUGAAUCUCCUGAUCAACAAUGCUGCAAUUAUAAAGCUAAGCAGUCUGGAAUCAGAGACGGCAGAAUUGAUGGCUGAGGUGUACAAAAAUAACAUGAUAGGGUCCAUGAUGGUGACCCAGGCAUUCUUGCCCUUGCUGAGGAAGGCGUCUCGGGAAAGCCCCCGGAAAGGGAUGAGUUGUAGCAAAGCCGCCAUUGUCAACAUGUCCACCGAAGGAGGCUCCAUCACAAAUCUCCUGUUAUGGCAUGUGGCACACAUAAUAAGUUACCGCUGCAGCAAGGCUGCUCUGAACAUGCUCACUCGAUGCCAGGCCCUAGGAUAUGCAGAAGACGAGAUCUUGUGCAUUGCGCUGCACCCCGGAUGGGUGCAAACAGACAUGGGAGUUGCAGCGGGACAACCUCCAUUGACAGUGGAUGCCAGCGUGCAGGCAAUGUUGAACACCCUCAGUCAUCUCUCUGAGAAAGACAGUGGCACUUUUGUGAACUGGGAGGGGGAAGCCCUGCCUUGGUGA